AGGAAGCUCAGGGAUAAUACUAUGGUUGAGACAUGCCCUGACAGCAGCAGAAUGAAACUGGGCUAUGUAACCUGCCUAGAAUUCCCCUGGGAAGCUGAGCCAGUGGUUUGACUGGAAUUGUAAGCCUUUUAGGGAGACAGGACAAGUCACCCCUUUGCAAGAGCAUUAAUACUACUACCAUGUCUCCACUUUUCAGUGGGAAAGGGGAACCCGUGACUGAACUCAGCUGGCACUCCUGCCGGCAGCUCCUCUACCAGGCAGUGGCCACAAUCCUGGCUCACGCAGGCUUUGAGUGUGCUAAUGAAAGUGUCCUGGAGACCCUAACUGACGUGGCACAUGAGUACUGCCUUAAGUUCACCAAGUUGCUGCGCUUUGCUGUGGAUCAGGAGGCCCGGCUGGGGCAGACUCCUUUCCCCGACGUUAUGGAGCAGGUGUUCCAUGAAGUGGGCAUUGGCAGUGUGCUCUCCCUCCAGAAGUUCUGGCAGCACCGCAUCAAGGACUAUCACAGUUACAUGCUACAGAUUAGUAAACAGCUCUCUGAAGAGUAUGAAAGGAUUGUCAAUCCUGAGAAGGCCACAGAGGACACUAAACCUGUAAAGAUCAAGGAGGAACCUGUAAGCGACAUCACGUUCCCUGUCAGUGAGGAACUGGAGGUUGACCUGGCUUCUGGAGACCAGUCACUGCCCAUGGGAGUCCUCGGGGCUCAGAGCGAGCGCUUCCCAUCCAACCUGGAGGUCGAGGCUUCACCACAGGCUUCAAGUACGGAGGUGAAUGCUUCCCCCCUUUGGAACUUGGCCCAUGUAAAAAUGGAGCCUCAAGAGAAUGAAGAAGGCAACGUGUCCGGGCAUGGCGUGCUGGGCAGUGAUGUGUUCGAGGAGCCCAUGUCAGGCAUGAGUGAAGCUGGGAUCCCCCAGAGCCCUGAUGACUCAGACAGCAGCUAUGGCUCCCACUCCACUGACAGCCUCAUGGGGUCCUCCCCUGUUUUCAACCAGCGCUGCAAGAAGAGGAUGAGGAAAAUAUAAAAGGCAAAGGGGGAGAUUUUCUGUCCAGACCUACAAGACCUAGCAGAAAAUGUAUUCAACUGUUUCCAUGAACAGUGAUUUGACUCUUACUCUUAAACACAGUGGAUUUUUCUGAUUUCGGUGGAACUGGAUUUAAGCAAACAAGUUUGUAUUUUCCUUUUGCAUCCAGUUUUUAUAGUUUUCCACAACAACCAAGCCACCUUUCACAGACAUCACGACACUGGGGGUGGUAAUCCAGAGACCAAAGCACUGUCCCUGACUCUUGUCUUUACUGUGUGACUAGACAAGUGACUUAGCUUCUCCAGAGCCAUUUCUCUCACACAACUGAGAAGAAUCAUACUGCUUUGACCUCCCUUGCAGGGAUGUUAUGAAGACUGAGAUGUUAUUAAGUCUCAAAGCUGUGCUUAAACAGGCUCACAAAUCAAUAUAUGAUGAUACCAGAUGUCAGUUUUUCCUUUUAACUUGCUUCAUUUUUGGUUCAAGUCAUUGGGAGUCCAGUGCUAAUACCUGAUAGGAAAUAGCUGAACACUGCACAACUUAAAUAUUAGUAGUCUUUUUUUAAACUGUUCUUGCUGCCCAUGAAGUCUCAUAAAAUCAGAGUGGUCUGUGGUAAACAGCCUUUUUGCUUAUUCAGAUAGUACUACCCUGUCUCUGCCACAUAUUUCCUUCUUCUUUCUCUAGACUUAUCCCUUGUAUCCCCAUCCUUUUGUCUUUGCAUUAUUUCCACUCACAUACUUUUUUUAUAUUUUCACCAUGCACAUUUUUCAGUUGCUUUCAUUUUCUCCCUUGUGAACGAGGCUAACAGGACCUGUGAACGAGGCUAACAGGACCUGUCCAAGGACGGGCUUGUGCCUAUUUCAUUUGUUGCAUUUGCUUGGCCAUCAGAGGACCUUUGCUACAAUUCUGUAUCUGCACAUUGUGCUCUUACUGGAUGAGCAGCCGCUAAAAGGAUAAAAAUAGGCACCUUUCUAUUUUACAUCUUGUCCUGAACAACUUUACUGUUGUUACUCACCUAUCACAGUAUCUGCCCUGCUUGGCAUCUGAUAGACUCAAUCAGUAUUUAUUAAAUAAAUGAUACAGCUACUGGAAUAAUUAGGAGUAAUUAGCAAAUGUGGGCAUGAUAAAUACUGCUGAAGUUUGGUUUGGGGGUGCAGAAUACAAGUCUUGUGAAACUUAGAACACUCCCUUAGUAGACCACACAUCAAGGCCCACAUUGUUGAAUGCCUUAAAUGUUCCAGGCAUUGAAAAUAAAGAUAAAUGCAGUAGCAACAAAAUGAGGUUCUAAA